CAGCUCUUCUCUCGCGGCCUCCCAGUUCUUGCCUAUUUUGGAAGAGAGCCGCAGCCCUUCUGCUGAUGCGCGCGCGCUGGCGCCUUUUUAAGGCAACUGGCAGAGUGGCGGCUUCGCCAGUGCUCAGGAGCUUCCCCCGCCCCUGAGCGGUAGAGUCCUGGCCGGCCUUGGAAGCCCCCCGGAGCCAUCGCCCCACCCCAUGCCCAUCUUAAUGCCCUCCACUAUUGUGGGAGACAUUUAACCUUGGAGAGAGGAGGUCUUGCCCUUAACCCCUCGCCCCCCGCCCCCAACAGAGGAGACUGUCUCAUAGAAACCUUGGAAGCAAACAAGAUGCCAGGCCUAUCCGUGCUUGGAGAUACUACUACGGACAAGGCCACAGAGAGACAACGCCAGCAACAUCCAGAUCUUAGGUGGGUUCUCUGGACCAAUGGCUAUCCUGGACAAACUUCUGGACCCCAUGGACUUCAUGACCAGACAACCAGGUUGCUGCUUACAAGCGUCUGCAUCCAUCGAAGGCUUCUUGCAGCCCACCAGCUCUCUGAAACUUUCUGGAGUCAAACCUCCCCUAGACUGUCUGCAAGUGCCACUUGGCUUCUGGAUGGGAAUGUGGCCCUGCUGGACACUCCCCAGAGCCAGGUGGACCCAGCCCCUUGGACCCUCUGCCCAGUCCUGAUGAUACCCUGACAGAGGACAUGACAUACUUGGCCAUUCUGAAGGAGAUGUGCAAUUUCCAGACAUCUGCAGGUCUCCACUCUAGACCAGGGUUAGGGGCUCAGAGUGGAUCUGAUCUAGAUCAACAUUUGUGGUUCUGGGUGUAGCUCUCUGGAGCUUGAAUGGUGUUUCCAAUGGGCGCCCAUUGCCAGGGCCACACCUUCAAUGCACAAAGGGAAAACUAAGGCAGUCUUCAAAGAGACAUCAUUUGCCGAGGUCACAAGGCAAGACAAUAUAUUUGUUGCUAAGGUUAGAACCCAGAACUCUGCCUCCUGGACUCUUUUGAGUCCAGCUUUUGAAAAAUACUUAGGCUCACUGCGCUGUGUGUGAAUCAAAGACCCGUUUCAGGAUCUACUUCUCGAGUGUGGACAUGGCCCUUGGGUUACCUUGCUCUGUGCCCUCAGUCACCCACUUCAGUUGGGCCUCUGAGAGUCUCUGAGGGACCAUGCUGAGAGGAUUGUCUUCCUUCCACAAGACUGAAGUGAAGGGAACCACAGAUGGUAGUUACUUCCGACACAGGCCGUGCAGACUGCUCUGAGGUCUUGUUCUGUGCAUUUCAGACUCCAUCAGAUUCCUCCAAUGGUGAGUCCCCUGGUGAAGCAGGCACAGACCUGUAAGAAUGACCCUGGCUAGGUUGGAUCUAAUGAGGGGGAAAGUCAGCGAACUGCUUGCUUUCCAUUGAGCUACAGCCUCGGAAAGCAUUCCUUUCCCCAAGUCCAGACAGUCCUGUUGUUCAGGACUCCCAGGUGACCCUGCUCAUCCAGAGCCGACCGUGAGGCGUGGUCCCCUGGAAGACUUUAGGUCCUUUCAGACCCUGGCACUGUGCACACGGGCUUGACUUCUCCCAAAACUGGGUUUUAGUAUUGCAGUAUUCAAAUUCCAAAGCCUGAGGGGCACAGGGCCAAGUGGAACCUGGACAGGCAUGCUCGGGAGGCCAGAUAUAGGAGGAUGAUCUUUUCAGGGCAAGUGUUCUGGUGUUCUUGCACAUUGCAAAUAGGGAAAGUGAGGCUCUUAGAGGAGAAGGGGCUAGCUUGAUAGCCCCAGUGGACAGAGUUAGGUCCAGAAUCCAUGUCUCUUGACUUUCCAGCCUGGGACUCUGCCUCAAACACAAGCUGCUGGCACUGAGGCUAAGCUCACUUCCUCUUCAUCCCCAGCCAGGGCUGGGCCACUCAGGAGCUCUCCCAUUCACCAGAUGGUCCUUUCCUCCGCAGCUUCCUGGUGUCCCCUCCUCCCCCACAUAGUGUUCAUUUCUUCCUUGUUCCAGAAGCUUCUCCAGCAAUGGGCCAGAACAGCUGCUUCUCUGCUUCUUGCCACAGCUCAACCAACUGUGGUUGCAACACUUGCAGGGGUGGGGGUGUCCCCAGCUCUCUGCUCUUGGAGUCUCUUCUCUGUGGCUCCUAGGGAUUUCUUCCUGACUCUGGACCAGGCCUGUUGACUGUUUCUGAUCUCCUGAUUUUUAAAGCCCCUCUGUCUUUCCUGGCCCCGCUUGGCCUCCCUGAAGAUGCCCUGCCCUCUGCAUACCUAGGGCCAAUAGGAGUGAUGAGCCCAUGUCAUGUCUGCUCUGGGAUUCUAAUGACCCAAUCCCUACACCAGACACACAAGGCAUGGACAUCUGCUCACCUGUAGGCUCCAUGUCACUGGGUACACGCAGGUGAUAUUACAGACAAGUGUAAAGCUUCGGUCUGUGGUGGCCUGCAGGUUUGUGUGUACCUAGGUAGAAGAGGAAGUGAGGAGGCACCAGUCAGAAGCAACUCUGAGAAACAGGAGCCAGAAUUUAAGCUGGGUAAGAACAUGAAAGAUGGCCAAGGAUUGCAAUUGUUGGCCCCUGGAGAACACACUGGGACUGGUCUUGGAUGUUCUGUUCUGUACUGGAGGGAUAUGGGAUGCCUGCUGACACACAGGAAGGGUCUGAACCCAGACCCUCAGGGUCACUAGGUAUGCGUACCUCAGUUUCCUAAGGCUCAUUGACUUCUUUGUUCGUUUAUUCGGAGAACAGCACCUAUUCUGGCCACCUCCAUAAGGAGGGUUUCAGGAAGCACCCAGGGCUAUGAACCCAUCGAGCCACUUCUGUCUGACUGCAUUCAAAACGAUAGUUUCCUUAAGACAAUGGCCACUCCCCGUGCAUUCUCCAACACUUACUCCGUUCCUUCCGUGCCUAUGGCUUUGUUCUGAGUGUUUUGACAAAUUAGUUCACCUGGCUCUUGUGUCAGAGCUCUAACACAAAUUGUAUUCUCCUCUUCACAACUCUAUUUAAUACACUGGUAAACUGAGGCAUGAGAGGCUGCAGUCCUUACCUCAGCAGUGUCACAGUCUGUAACAGAGGCAAGACCUCCCUCCAGGCCCCACCCUCUUGCCUACCCUGCCUUGGCUCUCUUCCGGUCUCUAUGCGAAGAUCCUAUGUAUUCAGACCCUUCUUUUAAUUUUUUAAUGGCUUUUUUAUUUACUCUGUGUGCAUGCAUGUGAGUGAGUGUGUGCCGUGGUUUAUGUGUGGCAGUCAGAGGACAUCUUUCGGCUCUCCUUCCACCAUGGAGGUCCUGGGGAUUGAAGUUAGGCUGUCAGGCUUGGCAGCAAGUGCCUUUACCUGAUUAACCUUGCUGCCCACCCCUAACCCCUUCUUGCUGGCUCUUCCAUUCGGAAUAAGGCAAACCAUGCCCUUUCAGCCUUCUUUUCACCGAGAAGAAUUAUCUUCCUUCUUUUCAUCUUCUCAAUUUUUCCUACAAAUAUACCUGGAAUGCUUCGAUCAGAGCUGAUGGCAGACAAAGGUGACAGCUCCUACCCAGGGGUCUCCAAUACAAGCCAGAGAAGACAGCAGCUCAUUAAUGAAACGAAGUGUAAAACUGUCACCAUCACAACUGGCAACAGAAGCACAGGGAACCCUGGGACCUACAGCUGGGGAUUUGACCCGAUAGAGAAGAUUUUCUGGAGUGAUAUUUGAGCCAAGCUAUUGUGAAAAAUGAGGAUCAGGUGCAAGGAGAGGCAAGGGGCGUGCAUGUGUGCACGGAGCUGCAGAACCACAAUGGAAGAGCUGCCUGUGGCUAGAAGAGAGGGACGGGGAGGAAGGAGGCAGGGUCGGGGGUUGGGGGGAAGAUCACCAGAGUGCAGCCUGGGAGAAGGCUUAGGGUGGCUCCUCACAGUUCUUGACAUCCUUGAUGAUGGAAGCUAAGCCUGGCCACUUCACCUCAUAGGACAGCUCCUGCAGCCAUACCUGCUGCGUAAAGAAGCCUCAGCUCCCUUCCCCCACAGCACCACCUCAUUCCCAUCUAAUUAAUUGUUUGCUUUUACCUUGGCUACUGCUACUCACCACACCUUAUAAAGCCAUGAGACCACGCUCUUGCUAAUCUCAUCCUCCCCACCCACCCAGCACAGCCACGUUGGUCAGUUGGCCACUUGACUCCCAAGCAACGUGGCGCAAACACACCUCCCUAGGAACCCCACUGCCAUAUCCCUAGGCUUGGUCUUCCCCAUGUUGCAGCCACCGAGCACCCCAGAUGCCCCUUUCCAGACAGCAUCUCAUUCAGAUGGCUUCCUCUUACCCUGUGGAAGCUCCAUGAUGUUAAAGCCAAGCUUGUGCCUCUCCCCGACCCCCGCCAGUAUCCACCAGAGAGGCUGGCCUCUGGCCUCAAUUCAUCCCACAGCCCUGUGCAGUGAGCGUGACAUCCAUCCCCACGGUCCCUGUGACAGAUGCUGGCAGUAUGGCGGCCAGCCUGAGGUCCCGUGUGGGUGGGCAAGGAAUAGCAUUUGAGAAGCAGAGGCAGGAGGGUCACAAGUUCAAGGUUAUCCUCUGCUAUAUAUGAGGAUGCAUGCGAUUCUUUCUCAAAUUUUAGAAAAUGUGCAUCAAGGAAGAGGCACAGGUCGGGUGUGAGGGCAGAGGGGGCAAGCUAGUCACCUCUAGAAGAUCAGCAGGGCAGAGUUCCCUUGCUGAGGAAAGUCAGACAUGAACAUGUGAGGCAGAUCUAGAGGGCAGGGGCCACACCCUCGGUUUCUAUCUUCAUGCCACUGAGGCACAUGGGGUCCCUGGUCUGAAUUUUAUCUCUGGUCCAUGAAUUAAUUUUCCUCUCCUCCUUGGAGCAGAUGCCUCCAGUCAGCCCCAUCCUCAAGCCUUGCCCAGAUACCUUCAAUUUUCUCAUCCAGGUUCCAGUCUCUCCCUCCUGCCCACACCAUCCCUCCCCGCCCUCACCUCUGCUCAGCCCACUCCCCUGGCUCUGACCGUUUCUAUGCGUAGGUGGCAGCGUGUACCCUCUUCACAGGAGAUUUGUUGAUUUCAUAACCAUAAAUAGAUAAAAUGUUCUGAGUGCUUCCAUGAGCGAGUAGAAUUGAGGGAGUGAUCACACAAUGAAAAGGCUGUAGGAGAAGGAAAACAGCCUGUGGAGACACAGCUGAAACCGGCUUGGUGCUGCACAAACCAGCACUACCUGAGGGCGAGCUUGCCGUUGCAUAAGAGGUAUACCAUAAACACAGGACUUGGGACUGCCAGAGAACCUUCUGGAAAACACUUAUGAGACUGCAAGUCUGUCAAUUCAAAGGAACAAUAUAUUAAGAAAAUCUAGAUUUAAAAUGAAAACAGAACGUGGAAGCCAACAAACAUGGAUUUUUAAUUCUGAGUUCAUCUCAUUUUGGCUGUGUGACUAUGAGCAAGUUUCUCAUCCUCUCUGGGAAGGUGUAUAUUCAUCUCUUGGGUCAGACUAGAGGGACCAAUCAUAUAAUAUGCUCAUUUUUUCCUCUAAGAAAAAGUGGUCUUCUCGAUUACAACUUAACCUCCAAUAUGGAACAAUUUGUCUUCCCAAAACGCAGUCCCAAGACACUAAGGAUGGAUAGGGUAACCUGCUUUUUCAUUGUCAAGUAGAACUCAUGUUGACAUGGAAAUGGGUUAUGCACAAUCAUUCUUGGAUGGGGAGACCAUAUAUUCAUAGUUACAAAGAAAGCUAGACAUUAGGAAGGACUUCCCAAGUUCUUCUCCCUAAGAUGGGUAAAGAGAGUAGAGAGAGGAUGUGACAGCUCAGUUUGUUCUGAGACUGGAGAGCUUUCCAGAGAGAGGGAAAGCUAUUUCUUUACCUUCUGCUCUAAGGGUGGCAGGAUUUUCUGUCAAGGGUUAGGUAGUAGGUGUUUGGGCUUGGUGGGAGCUCUAGUCCCUUCUGCACUUAACUCUGUGACUGUGUGAAGAAGGGCACCAGCCAUAAGUAUGUGAAUGGUCUGAAUGUGUCCCAGUAAAACUUCAUUAAUGAAAAGAAACAGCGGACCAGAUUUUAUUCGGUGCCAUAGUGUAUAGGCCCCAAUCUCGUUCUACACGGCAAGAGAACAAGUUUGAAUGGGGAGGAAUGAACCAUGCACAGGGCACUGCCAGAGCCCUGCUGUCUGACUUUAAGUCAUUGCUCACUUCUGAUCUUAACCUCAUCGACUAUAGAAUGAACGUAAUAAUCUCAAUCAUCAGUCCUGAGACAAUAGCUAAGAGGAAGGUUAGGGUGGCUAGGAAGGCUGUGUGUCAAAGUGAAAGAACUGACGCCUGCAAGUUAACCUCUGACCUCCACACACAGACACCAUGACACAUGUGUGUUCUCUUCAUGUGACAAAUUAAAAAUUGCAAAAUAAAAAGUGCCUAAGAGAUCAGAGUAAGUCUCUCUCUCCCUUUACUCCACCCCUUUGAGUGGCACUGAGUCUAGCAGCACACGAGGCCACAUCCUUGUCUGCUGCAGGUGACGGUGGCCUUCUUGGAUGGAGACAAAUAUUUCAUUAUAGUUGGAUUCUUGGUCUGUCUUUCUAACAUGCGGUCCUCAGUGACCCCAUUUCUGGAGCAAGCCCAGCACAGGAGGAAACGAGGAAUCUCUCUUCCUCUCCACUGUCCGGGCAUUUGGCAGGGUGCUAGAGUUCAUGUCAGGGAGCAACAUGGCCGCAGUGGCUGGUGCCAGACCUUGGGAGAGGCCUUCAAGACUCAGGCUGGGAUCAGAGUCAGGAACAGAAAGCUCUGAGUUCUCCCAGAACAUUCAGCUCUGGUCCCAGCUUCCCUGGGGUCUCCACGAAGCAGCCACAGCUGUGGUCCACUGGGAACCUGCAGCCCCACCCACGGCAUCAUAAAGUGAAAGUUGUCCUGCUCAUCUGCUCAGAUGAUCUCGGAGUGCUGCAUCCUUCAGCACUGAUUUAUCUCAGAAGCCCUAGCAAGGGAUUCCUUUAUUUUCUCAUUCUGUCCCUCUUCCUCUUCCCCUCCCUCUCCUUUGCUUCAUCCUUCCUUCUCUUCCUCAUAGGCAUACUUGUGCAGACAAAUACCACAUGUAUGCCGACAGUCCCCCGUCAACAUCCUUGCUCCAGUAUUUGAGAAAAGGAGCCAGGAGUCUCCAUGAUAUUCUUAAGAAUCAAACCCUCCAUUCCAAUUCCUCAGGAGGUCUUCCUCCUGGACAAUCUCUGAAAAAGAUGCACCAUUUCUCUAAUAGGGAUUGAGGGGUGAUGACCCUCUAGAGCCCCAAUAAAGCCAUGAAGAGAGGAGCAGAGGACUUCAUGGUCUGCUCUUGCUAUAAAAAGGCCUUUUUCGGGAAAAAAAUAAAGAAAGGAAUCAGCCAAUCCCUUCACGAUGCCAUCACCUCUUCUUGGUGGUUUUUCGGGGAAGGAGUGGGUGGGUUUCCAUGGCAACAGAUGCGAGCUCUGCUCAGUAAAGAAGGGACCUUGAUAUUUUUUCUCUCUCAUUCUCUCAGUUGUGUGUGUGCCUGUGUGUAUGUGCGUGCUACACAUGCCUAUGCCCACACCAGCAAUUUUUUUAGAACUAAAGAAAGCCCUUCUAUCAGCUCCCCAAAUAUGGAGUGAUAGAAAACCAUGCACUCCUGCAGGCCAGAGAAGGUUCUGGAUGGUUCCAGAGAAGGGUGCUCCUGUGAACUUGUUUUCCUCCAUUGCAGAGAUUGUGUGCAGCAGAGAGGCCUUUGCAAACUGUUAGAGGCUAAGAGUUAGAAAAAAGGAUGUUUGGUGGAGAGAGGGGAACAAAGGAUAGAUGGUGCAAAAACCAACGAAUGGCGUCCUAGUGGGCAACCAAAGGUGCACGGAGUCUCAGGAAGCACAGUCAGCACAAACCACCUAACGCUGAAGAAAAGGCUCAAGGCAGACUCAUAUAUGGACACAAACACACAGAGAGGUAUAAAAGCAAAUAUAUUAGGCAAAACCGCAAAACUGCAUACAACACAGAAAGGCAGAGACUUAGAGAAAUAAAACAGACAAAUAAAAACACAGAUGCAGGUACUGGCAGAUAUGUAGACACACAAGGAUGCAGAGCCUAUCAUCAAAACACAGGCAAAUAGAUACAUGGAUGCAGAUAGAUAAGUGUAUCCAGACAGAUAGGUUUGGAUGCAGACAUAGAACAUGCAACACAGCCUCAUUCAAGUGCACACACUCGUGUGCGCUCACACACACACUCCCCUUUCCCCCUUCAGUUGCUCAAGCUUCCUAUAGCAGGAAGGCAGAUCUGCAAAUGCUGCAUGUUCACCCAGUAAGUUUGGCUGUGAAUAUCUUGUAACCCCCACCUAUUGCUUCUACACACACACACACACACACACACACACACACACACACACACACACACCCCAAAGCCCCUCUCCCAACUUUGUCCACUUUCCCAUAACCAAAGGCUGUGAUACCUCCCCCAUCUCAGGCUUCCAAUUCUGUUUUGCUGCUGCUGCUGCCGCCGCCUGCCGCUUGGGGGGGGAGAGAGUGGGGUGACUCAGCCAGGCCAGGAUGACUCACACUGACAGUAUUUUUAGCAGCGGCCAGGAGCUCUCUAGCGUGCCAGCCGCCCCCCUCCUCCUGCUUGCUAUUUCGGAACCGUCACUGGUGAUAUAAAUAGCUCUUCUCCCACGGCCUGAAGCUGCUGCCAGGCUAUUUUUGGUUCUGCACAGUUAAAAAUAGUUUCAUGGAGGUGGGAGGCAAGAGGAGUGGGAGCUGGCCUAGGGAGAGGAGACAUUGGGGGCAUACAGAGCUUCUCAACUUGAAUCAGAGUAGUCGAACUAAGAUGAUCCCUUCCCUACCCCCUCCCUUGCCCCUUUCUAGAACCUUCUCCCCUUCCAACGUUCCUUAUCCCUAGUCCAUCCUCCUGGAAAAAUCCAAGGAUUCCUCCCUUGAGCCCAAUUUUCUUUCCAAGCUUAACUAAUUCCUAGAACCGAGGAGUCUUGACAGCCACACCUGUAAAUAGCCCAUAUGUAUUCUCAAUGAGGAGGAUGACAGCAUCGGGAUGCCAUUCUCAUCUAUCCCGAGGCCCAGCUCGGCUUUGAUGUCACAGGCAAACCACGACCAUUCUGAGUGGGAAGGCAACAUUCAGCACCACGGACAGCGACAACAUCCCCCCCCCCCCUCCCCCUUCCAGGUCUGCUUAAAUUGCUUGGAGACCAGCUGUGGACCCAGCAGAGAGAUGCAACUUAUUGUGGAGGAGAUAUCAAGAACGUCUCCUGGCCAGGGCUUAAAGCACCUGUCUGUGAGGAAGACAGGGCAGAGAUGAACCCCAGAGAUAGAAUGGUUGUCUAGCAUACACAGAGCCCUGGUUUCAUCCUCAGCUUUGGGAAACUAAUCUAGAAACUCCAUCUUGGAUUUGCAUAUGGAAAGAGAAUCCAAAAACCAAGGGAAGAGAAUGGAACAGGGAGUGGUGGUGUUGAGUGGGGAUAUCAGAGUUAAUAAGGAUGAAACAUGCCAGAGAGAAAUACAUCCUGAAGAAACCAUUUCUGUCACCCAUAAGGUUGGAAACAGUGUCUUACAGACACACACCAUUUUCUCCAUCUCAGCUAUACCACUGGCUGGCUACAUGGUUGUAUAUGUAGAUGCUUUCUAUCUGAACUAAAAUUGUACAAAAUAUUAGGAUAGGGGCUCUACAACCAUGAACCUCUCCCCGCCCCUCCCCGGCAUUACUAGGGAGUGCACUCAAGUCUUGAGCAUGAUAGAAGUGUGAACUCCUACUAAGCCAUGGCCCUGGUCACCAAAGUACCCUCUUCCCAUACCCCCUGCUUUUCACUCCACGUUGCCUCUCUUGCUAUCACCCCUUUCCAUGAAGAACAGGGGUUUCUUGACCACAAACUUUUCUCCUUGGUGUCAAAGUUCAUCUCUAACUUUCUGCAGCCAGUUCUGUCCCUCUCUCCCAAUUUUUUUUUGUUUUUUGUUCUGUUUGUUUGUGUGUUUUUGUUUUUUGAGACAGGGUUUCUCUGUGUAGCCUUGGCUGUCCUGGAACUCACUUUGUAGACCAGGCUGGCCUCGAACUCAGAAAUCUGCUUGCCUCUGCCUCCCAAGUGCUGGGAUUAAAGGCGUGUGCCACCACGCCCGGCUUCCCUCAACUUUUUAAAUGGUCUUGUUUUUCAGGCUCUAAAAGUGCUUUUAUAUGUUCCUACUCUAAAUGAAAUUUUGGGCAAAAAGUUUCUCUAGUCCUUUGUGAAAUGGUUGUGGGAUAAAAAAAGGGCUCCCAUACCCUGUGUAGACAGCAAUCGCAUGUAAGUGACUGAAGAAAGGUGUGUGUGGGGGUGUGUGUCUGGAGGGGUGGGGUGAUGCAAAGGCCACACUACAAAGACAAGCCUGACAUGACAGGUAGUUAAACCAAAGGUGCAAAUUAGAGGGGUGGGGGUGGGGGGCGCCCACAAAGCCGAGAUAGACUGUCCAACGCUCAAUGAACGAAGGAAAAAAAAAAAAAGAAAGGUGUAUGUUGUGCGCUCACUCAGUGACAAGUGCACAGGCAGAACGAGGAGCCCUGGAGCUAAAGAUGGAGCAAGAAUUGAAGGGAGAUGGGGAGGGGACUCUGGCAGAAUUAAAGGGUCUUGGGUAGGUGCAGCAGCCACUGAGGGCACAGCAGACCCUGGCUACUUGGCAGCCUCCCCCUCUUCCCGGCUGAAGCAGUGGGGAGAGCUUUCUAGAGCUGUGCGGAGGCCGGUAGGCCCCGCCCGCCGCUGCCGCCGCCGCAGCCGCCGGAGGAUUCCUGUCCUAAUAUGGAGCUGGGAUUCCCCCGGCCCCGCCCCCGCCCCCCAGCCCGCCGGAGAGACUGGGGCUCGCAAGAGGGCGGGGGAACAGCUCGUCUUGGGGGCUGACAAGCGGGAGGGGAUCGUGGGAGAGGUUCAAACACACAUCCAGAUCCUCACCAGGCCCUGGGUCUUUGCCUCAGUUUCCCCGACAGGUGGCUAAGAUGAACUAAUAGAGGAAAAAGGAAUCCCUGCAGAUCACAGUGGAGAUGUUUGUGUUCCUAUGGUGCUAAGGAAAUAUGAUCAAGACCGAAUUCAAGUGGUCUCUUCUCCACAGGACCACCAUUCCACCCUAUCCUGGAGAUUUAGACCCUCAGGUCAGGGCAUGGAGGCGAAGAAGGAAUUAUUUAUUUGAAACUGGCUAAGGGACUUUCAGAUUGAAUAGACCCCAGAAAAGACCCCCAGUUGUGACCUAGCCCCUCCCCAAAAGCCAAGGAAAGUCCCUCAUGUAAUUUCGACCCCUGCCUGGCAGAUGGCGGCAAAUUGGCAGAGGACCAAGCCCCUUCUCAUCCUUUGCCUCCUUAGAAAAAUCUAUGUUGAUAGCAGCCUCGCUUUGCCUUCUACAAACUCUCUUGUUAAGGGCUUCAGACCACCCUAAUCCAUGUACUGUUCCUCCUCCUAAUAGAAUGUAAUGGAAAACCUGGGUCCCUGCACCCCAUUCCUGGCUCUGCACAGCUCUUGCCAGCCGGCCCCCUCUGCACCCUCCCUUCUCCCCCUUCCCCCGCCCCCUCCCUCUCCCGUUCGACGUCACGGGAUGACGUCGGAAGUCUGGGAGGGAGGAGGAGCACCCCCCCUCCCCAGCCAGUGGCUCCCUCUGCAGCUUGCUUUAGCCCAGCCUCCCGCCUCCCGCUGCCCCCCCCGUCUCUAAAAACGAGCCCCCCACGCCUGUCAGGAGCUAUAUAAGGCGGAUCGAGGCAGGCGAGGGGGGCAGCGCUGCCGAGCGGAGCCCAGGAGUGGAGCGAGAGCGAGCAAGAGCCUGAGCGAAAAGACCGGGAAGCAAGGAAGAGGAAGCCUCCGGUGCAUCGGGAAAGGAUCGCAGGUGCUCGGGAGCCGGAGCUGGAGCUCCACAGCCGGCAGUCAUGUACCGAUCCACCAAGGGCGCCUCCAAGGCGCGCCGCGACCAGAUCAACGCCGAGAUUCGGAACCUCAAGGAGCUGCUGCCGUUGGCUGAAGCGGACAAGGUCCGGCUGUCCUACCUGCACAUCAUGAGUCUUGCCUGCAUCUACACUCGCAAGGGUGUCUUCUUUGCUGGAGGCACUCCUUUGGCUGGCCCCACCGGGCUUCUCUCUGCUCAAGAGCUUGAAGACAUUGUGGCAGCACUACCUGGAUUUCUCCUUGUAUUCACAGCUGAGGGGAAGUUGCUAUACCUGUCGGAGAGUGUGAGCGAGCAUCUGGGCCACUCUAUGGUGGACCUGGUUGCCCAGGGCGACAGUAUCUACGAUAUCAUUGACCCUGCUGACCAUCUCACUGUGCGCCAGCAGCUCACCAUGCCCUCUGCUCUGGAUGCUGAUCGCCUUUUCCGUUGUCGAUUCAACACCUCCAAGUCCCUCCGGCGCCAGAGUUCAGGAAACAAACUGGUGCUUAUUCGAGGUCGAUUCCAUGCUCACCCACCUGGGGCCUACUGGGCAGGAAACCCUGUGUUCACCGCUUUCUGCGCCCCACUGGAGCCAAGACCCCGCCCUGGCCCCGGCCCUGGCCCUGGCCCUGGUCCUGCUUCUCUCUUCCUGGCCAUGUUCCAGAGCCGGCAUGCUAAGGACCUAGCCCUACUGGACGUUUCUGAAAGUGUCCUAAUCUACCUGGGCUUUGAGCGCAGCGAACUGCUCUGUAAAUCAUGGUAUGGACUGCUACACCCCGAGGACCUGGCCCAAGCUUCUUCUCAACACUACCGCCUGUUGGCUGAAAGUGGAGAUAUUCAGGCUGAAAUGGUGGUGAGACUUCAAGCCAAGCAUGGAGGCUGGACAUGGAUUUACUGCAUGCUAUACUCAGAAGGUCCAGAAGGCCCUUUUACUGCCAAUAACUACCCUAUCAGUGACACGGAAGCCUGGAGCCUCCGCCAGCAGCUAAACUCUGAAGACACCCAGGCAGCCUAUGUCCUAGGAACCCCAGCUGUGCUACCCUCAUUCUCUGAGAAUGUCUUCUCCCAGGAGCAAUGCUCUAAUCCACUCUUUACACCAUCCCUGGGGACUCCUAGAAGUGCCAGCUUCCCCAGGGCUCCUGAACUAGGUGUGAUCUCAACACCAGAAGAGCUUCCCCAACCCUCCAAAGAGCUGGACUUCAGUUACCUGCCAUUCCCUGCUAGGCCUGAGCCUUCCCUCCAAGCAGACCUGAGCAAGGAUUUGGUGUGUACUCCACCUUACACACCCCACCAGCCAGGAGGCUGUGCCUUCCUCUUCAGCCUCCAUGAACCCUUCCAGACUCACUUGCCCCCUCCGUCCAGCUCUCUCCAAGAACAGCUGACACCAAGUACAGUGACUUUCUCUGAACAGUUGACACCCAGCAGUGCUACCUUCCCAGACCCACUAACCAGUUCACUACAAGGACAGUUGACAGAAAGCUCAGCCAGAAGCUUUGAAGACCAGUUGACUCCAUGCACCUCUUCCUUCCCUGACCAGCUACUUCCCAGCACUGCCACAUUCCCAGAGCCUCUGGGCAGCCCCGCCCAUGAGCAGCUGACUCCUCCCAGCACAGCAUUCCAGGCUCAUCUGAACAGCCCCAGCCAAACCUUCCCAGAGCAACUGAGCCCCAAUCCUACCAAGACUUACUUCGCCCAGGAGGGAUGCAGUUUUCUCUAUGAGAAGUUGCCCCCAAGUCCUAGCAGCCCUGGUAAUGGGGACUGUACACUCCUGGCCCUAGCUCAGCUCCGGGGCCCCCUCUCUGUGGAUGUCCCCCUGGUGCCCGAAGGCCUGCUCACACCUGAGGCCUCUCCAGUCAAGCAAAGUUUCUUCCACUACACAGAGAAAGAGCAAAAUGAGAUAGAUCGUCUCAUUCAGCAGAUCAGCCAGUUGGCUCAGGGCGUGGACAGGCCCUUCUCAGCUGAGGCUGGCACUGGGGGGCUGGAGCCACUUGGAGGGCUGGAGCCCCUGAACCCUAACCUGUCCCUGUCAGGGGCUGGACCCCCUGUGCUUAGCCUGGAUCUUAAACCCUGGAAAUGCCAGGAGCUGGACUUCCUGGUUGACCCUGAUAAUUUAUUCCUGGAAGAGACGCCAGUGGAAGACAUCUUCAUGGAUCUUUCUACUCCAGACCCCAAUGGGGAAUGGGGUUCAGGGGAUCCUGAGGCAGAGGUCCCAGGAGGGACCCUGUCACCUUGCAACAACCUGUCCCCAGAAGAUCACAGCUUCCUGGAGGACUUGGCCACCUAUGAAACCGCCUUUGAGACAGGUGUCUCAACAUUCCCCUACGAAGGGUUUGCUGAUGAGUUGCAUCAACUCCAGAGCCAAGUUCAAGACAGCUUCCAUGAAGAUGGAAGUGGAGGGGAACCAACGUUUUGAAUAAGUCUGUGACUUAACGUCUUCAAGUAUGGCAUAUUGUCAUCAAGACGUGGAGCCGCUCUCCACCCCCCCGGGACUGUUGGGGGGAUUCUGGGGGCCAGAGGGGGAUAUAUCUGAUUCUCCAGGCCCUGAAGGAUUUAGGGGGGAGGUGGGAGGGUAAGGGAGGGGAGCAACUUUUUAAAAUCAAGAGACUUCGAGCGAUCCCAGUUUCCAUUUCAAUCUGUAUUCACUCGUAGUGAGUUUCCUUGAAUGGAUUUCAAGCGGAGAAUGGGGGAGUCUCACUUCCUCACCGCGCUGCCCCAUGGGCCUGGGCCAGUUCUCCACUCCUAGGGGCAAAGCCACCCCUGGGCUUUGGUGGGGGAAAGGCAUGGCCCACCUGGGGCUAGCCUGUGCCCCGAGGGGCUCUUGACACCCACGUAGAAUUCUCUACAAACCAGUAACGGGAUUUCAAUUCCGACGGACUCUGCCGCCCUGGCGGCUCUUCCUGUGACUUUUGCGCCCCGCGCCUGGGGUGGGGGGCGCGAAGAGACGCUACAUUCCUUUCCGAUGGAGGAAGGCAGAUCUGCCGUCACACGUGUGCUUGCACGAGUGCGUGUACCUGGUGCGGGACUCACCCGGCCGCCAGACCGCCUAGGCUUGCCCAGGUGGCCACCUCGUGGUGCUGCGGUGACUUUGUAGCCAACUUUAUAAUAAAGUCCAGUUUGCCUUUUUGGUA